GUAUUUUGUAGCGCCUAGUUUGCAUACGAGUAACCUUGGGCUAGUUUUUCCGGCAUUUACAUGAGGAUUAUGAUAAUUUGUUUUUCGGGGUGGUCAUUCGGUGUAAGUUAUGCUUCCCAUAAAACUUCCCGUGCUGUAAAGUUUAUAGUAAUACGUUUUCACGGGCCAGUAACUGUUUUACAGUAAUAUUCUGUCUGUUAAGAUUUGGAUAGUCAGCAGCUAUUAAUAUGGAAUCAAUAUGUUCGCAAAGAAUUGAAGUUCAAGGAUCUUAACUUAGUAUUUACACAGUUCAUGUCUAUCCACGAAAUCGCCGCUCAUCCCAGAGAGUAUGGUUAUUCGUGCUAUGUAAUUAUUCCAAAUGCCACUAUGGAUGCAGCGAGUCUUAAUCCUCGCUUACUUCGAUACAAUGGAACAUGUCAGGACGCAGAAAUAUCUGAACGAGUAGGGAAAAAGAUCGUUUGUGAUCCAACUCUAAAACAUACUCCUUAUCAAAUGCAGACUGAAUCAGUACACAACAUUCCACCUGGUUCAUUUGCUCCCCAUGCACUAAUAAACUCCACGGUUGGCACACCUCCGAUCUCAUCUGUUUAUCUUGAGCAGGGAGAAUACUUUUUUGAUGAUGAAUUUGCAGAGCCUAUGGAUCCACAUCUGCAGGAAGAUAGAGACAAUAACACUAGGUACCCUUUGAUGGUCCAAUCUAUGGAUUGUAGUCGAAAGCCCCCACCCGAUCUGAUUGGUCACUCACGUUCUGAUUCUUGCAUAUUUAGUCCAGUCAAUUCGCGAGAAAGUGAUCUUAGUGAUUCUAAGAUUGCUGGAAAUCACUUGGCAAACAACAUUAAUCACGAAAGAUUGUCAAAUUGUCGGAAUGCUCAGUUGCCAAAUAAUAUAGAAUCUAAUAUUCUUCAAAGAAAUGCAAAUGAGAGCAAAAAUCUGUGCUUAAAGAAAGGCUUUGUUUGUCAGGCAUCCAAUGAGACAAGUGAGGUUGACUUCAAUAAUGAUGCAAGCCAACAGUUCACCAGUGAAUCCCAAGGAUCUGUUCACUACAAUGCUUCAGGUUCAACCAGCUGGAUGCAUAUGCUAAUGGAGCGUUCUUGUAAUCCUGAACUGCGAGCUCUUAUCAAUCGAACUGCUGCAGCAGUUGAUUACAAAUUGGCCUACGGUGAUUCCAUUGGAUUGCAGGGCCGACUUGAAGAUAGAUCUUGUUUGUCUUCAAAGCACAACGUUUCAGGUUUGGUGACAGGCAAUCGUUCUCUAAGUCAGGGUAGUCUUUUGGCUGCCGCUAGCCUAGCGGGUUUACGACAUGCUCUAGAUCAAACAACUCAGCUACUACCGAAGCCUACUGACAGAAAUACAGAGCUUUGCUCUGUUGGAGUUUCUGCUGAUCUUAUUUCUGACACGGUAACGAUGGAACAUAAGAAUCAAGAUUCUUCAACCUCAAACACGACCACAUGGGCGAAGAAACAUGGUAGUCGCGAAAGUCUUAAACGAAGAUCUCUCAGAUCAACCGACAUGACUGUCUUUCCAUAUCCUAAUUCGAGCAAAGAGAAUGAGAUAGACAGUGACCAUACAACUACUUGGCAAACUAUCAAAAAUGCUAAUGGAGCUUUGAUUACCUGGAACCAGCUUAAGCGGGUUGUUAAACGAGCUGAAAGUCUUGGCAAGUCAUCAAGUGUCCGUGAAAGUCGACGAGACCACCAUAAUCAGAGUGACCCCUUUACUCCAAAAAUGAACAUGACGGGUUCAGUCAAGAGCCGCUCACAUUCCCAACCCCUAGCUGGUGCUUCCCACAUGCAUCGGUUCUCAGGGACACUCUUUGAGAUAUUUAUGCAUGCUAGAGCUCAAGGUAUAGCUUCACUGGGUGGUCAUAGUGAUUGUUCAGCUGUGGAUUUGAAUGCUUUUCCAAAAGGCAACUCUGCUUCUGCCUAUUCAAAUCCGGCUCAUAUAAUACACCAAGAGGAUUCUGACCGUGCAGAUAUACUAUCGAACAGAUAUAAUUAUCCUUUAGGAGUAGCCAUGUCACCACGUAUCUCGGGGGCAAGAAAGUCUUAUCUGUUUGCUGGAACGGAUCCAAGGAGGUCAAGUACUGAAAAUGAUAAAUAUUUACUACUACGCAAGGAAAGAAUAUUCCCAAGUAAGGGGAAUAUUCAGUUCUCACCUUUGUAUACUAGUGCUGAUGCUGUUGCUCGCUCUAUGCGUAACUUUGGCGCUCAAUUUCCACCUUUAGACGAUUCUAAAAAUGUUUCCUCUAGAGGUCUUUUUAAUGAUCAAAGGAAAACCGGAAAUAUUCAAAACACUUCUCCAAUAUGGUCGACUAAGUUGCCGUUGCGCAAUGGGAGUUCUGCUGCGUACGCCAAUAAUUGUACCGUACGUCAUAGCCAUCCUCAGCCACUUUAUUUAAGUAGGCCGAUGUCUGCACUUCUUUGUAAUAUCAAUCCUAAGAGGAAUGAAAGAAAUAAUAUUCAACAGUCACCGUCCCCCAUCGAGCCUCCUACUAUUGCUGCUUGUCUUACAGCAUCUGCUGGACCAGACUCACCAUAUAUGGCUGCUUUACGCGCUGGUUGUGCUGCUAGAGGAUAUGCAGUUGGUUGGAUCGGUAAUCCACGAGCCUCAAUAGCUUAUCCUGGGUUAGGCCUUUUGUCAGUCCCUCGGCCUUCGAGGUUGGCUGGAUCUGCUUUCCUUUCCCAUACUUUACCUGAUUUAUCAUUCUUAAGUCAAGCUGGCGCUGAAGAAGAUCGUAAAGGUACACCAACUAUGACUAAACGUCGAGCUUCUUGCUUGUCAGCUACACAGUCAAAGAAAAAAUGCACUUGUACUAAGUGUGGAUGUCGAUCUACAUCUGCUGGACGCGUUUCCUCUAAAGGUACAUGUUCAGAAAAAUCAUCCAAGUUGCAAACAUCUAAAAUACAGUCUGACCAAAAUAAAACCGUCUGUCGUAACUUUAAAGAUAAUGAACAAAGAAACACUCCAGAUAUCAUAUCCACCAUCAAUAGACCAAACUCAAAUAAUGUCAAUACUCGUACAGAAAUACAGACGACAACCCCGAGUCGAUUACAUUGUCCUGAAGUCAUUGAACGUUGUUCGUCGUCUGAACCGGAUUUAGUAAACAGUUCAAUUUCUUCUAGUAAAGUUAAUCAACCAAUGUAUGGGUCAGUCGAUAGUGAUUCAUCAUGGAUCGGUGCUACUUCUACUACUCAAAGAUCUAACGAACAUCAGAAUAAUGAUCGCAACAAUAACAAAAAUGCAUCGGAAAUAGACGAAUCACUUAGUUUGAAUUCACGACCGAAAAAAAGUGUUAGUUUCAGUGGGAAUAUUCGUUUAUUACAAUUGAAUUCCAAAGAUUCUCAUCAUCAUUACAGUGAUACAUCAACACAACAAUCUCCUGAACCCAAAGUGAUCCCACGAAAUUGGGGUUUAUAUGGUCAAGAACAACCAUUGGCUGAGUUUAAUCCACGAUGUAGUCCAAGUUUGGAUAGUGAAAAAAAUGGAAAAUCAACUCAUCAUUCUGAUAUUGAUGUUAGAUAUCAUGCGAUGGUCAAUGAUGUAAUUAAAGCAGUUCAAGAGACCGUUGCUUAUUAUUGCAAUCCAAAUAUGAACUUAAAAAAUCAUGAAGAAUUAAAUGGUCAUAAUUCAUUAUCUAAUACAUCAUUACCUUAUUCAAAAGUUGAAGCUAUUGGCUCUUCUGGAAAACAACCUCUUUUAGCAGUUAUACCUCCUUUAACUAUCCUACUUUGUGAUGGUCUACUUCCACCAUCAAAACCGAUUUUCGCUUCACGACCACGUACCCGUUUAUGGCAGUUAGUUGAAGAAAGUUGUAGACCAGGCGCAUUGCCUACCGGUGUAGCUUAUCAUGUAUUGAAUGAUGCUAUUAGUCAAGUGAAAGCGUUGACUAACAUCACAUUAGAGAAAACAAAAUUUAAAGGAUUCAUAUGUGCUUGUUUAAAUGCAAAAGCUUUGCCAAUGUGGUUAAACGCACUUGUAGCCAAUGAUACAUUAUUACGAAGAUUUUAUUGUGAAAAUGCAUUCAUACGCCAAUGUCGUGCUAGUCAACGUGAACUACACGCUGAUCUAAUGACACAUUUAGAACAACUAUUAGCAUUCCCUUUUAAUUUAGAUAUAUCAAUUGAAGUACGUAAACCAUUCAUUGAUUCACAAUUGGUAAAUAAUAAUUUGACAAAAACCUCUAUUCCAUCUACAUAUAUGACAAAUAAUUCUAAACAUUUGAAUCAGUCAAAUCAUGGAAUCGAAUCAACAGCUGUGACAAAUUAUAAGACUGGACGUUCAAAUAUUCCUCCCGCUACAGUUGUCACUCGUCGACAAAUGAUUUUCAAUGGUAAUUCCGCUAAUAGUAAUAAUUCUAGUCGUAUUCCAUCAGUAUCAUCACCUAUACAAACAACAACAUUAUCUUCAAUAAAAUCUUCAAAUACCACUACAUCAUCAUCAUUGUCAUCAAAUAAUCACUGUUAUCCUCAACAUCAUCUGCCUAAUCAACGUUCUAUCCCAUCAAGACUACCGUCUGCUGCAAAAUCUAAUCUACGUUCAAAUGGUGAUAAUAACUCGGAAGCAAAUAGUGAUUGUUUAUCCACAGAAACUGGAUUAAUCCAUUCUAAGACAACAAAUUCUGAAAAUCAAAUAAAUUCACAUGCUGUAGUACGUAGUGGUCGAUUCAAAAACGCCUUUUCUAAUCUACGACGUAGUAAUGGUGGUAGUGGUGGUGGUUCACAUGUUUCCAAAUUAAAUACACCAUCUAAUUCGUCUAUAUUAAACAAUAGUAACAAUAAUGGUAAGCUUAACAACAUAUCUCAAAUGACUGAUUCUCAGCGACGUACUACUACUACCACCACCGCUACAUCGCGCCAAUUAGAAGUGGGCAAAGCAAAUCCAACUAAAAUUCAAUUGCAAAAGCUUAAACCGUCGUCAAAUUCAAAUAUUUCAACAGGGGGAGGUAGCAGUGGUAAUGUGGGGCAUCAUUAGCUUGUUUUCCUGUUAUGUCAAAAUAUGUACAUUAUAAUUACAACGAAAUAUGUUUGUGUGGAUAUGUUUGUAUGUAAGAAAAUAAGCUAACUGAUAAAGAAAAAAAAACAAGCCACAAUCUACUAAUAGUAAAACUAUAUCCCGGUCGCAUUUAGAAUUUAAAUAUAUCACUGUUCUUUCUCUUUCAUUUUUCUGUUAGUGAUUUCUUUAUAUGCUUUUCUGCAGUUUUUUUGUAUUCUUCUGCUUAUGUGUAUUGAACUCUUGAACUUCUUUGUGUACUCACACCAAACGUGCACAGAUGUGCAUUUAUAUGCACCAUAAACUUUGCAAUAUCAUAUAUGAAUGAUUCGGAAAAGUGACAUUUCUAUCUAAUAUUAACAUUCAAAGAAAUAAGAACCUUGUCUUCUUUCUCUAUAUUGCAUUACUGUUAUUAUUAUUAUUAUUAUUAUUA